AUGUCUGCGCAAAACGUGGCUCUGCCGUUCGACGAUUGGGAUUCGAUUCGCGUCAAGACAGCAGACACUAGCCUCUUCGCCCGCUAUGACGGUACUGGCCCAGCAAUUUUGCUACUGCAUGGAUGUCCGCAACAUUCUCUCAUGUGGCACAAAGUAGGGCCGCUGCUGUCUUCCAAAUACACUGUUAUUGCCCCCGACCUACCCGGCAUGGGCCAAUCGACCCUGAGCGAGUCGGGAAAGUAUACUUCCGCGGCAGCUGCAGAAGCCAUUGUAGCACUGUUGGAUCUCUUGCAUAUCGAAAAAGUGGCUGUAUUUGGCUAUGACAAAGGUGCUUCAGUUGGAUCUGUGCUCGCAUGGAGGUACGCCGAACGAGUGGUGUCUUUAAGCGUUGGAGAAUAUGCCCUCCCAGCAUUUGGUCACGAAAUUUUCCAAAAUCCAGACCCCUCUAGGAACCUAUACGGACAUUGGCAUCUAGCCCUAUUUUCUGUCCCUGAAGCAGCUGAAUUUCUCAUCCGCGGACGUGAGAAGGAAUUUCUUAAUUGGUAUUUCUGGCACAGCUCCUAUGCCGCCGGCGCUCUCAUAUCUCCUGAUCAUGUCGAGCGUUACUCAGCAGCAUUAUCGAAACCAGGAUAUCUUCGCUCUAUGACAGAGUUUCUCAAUGGUAAUAUUUGGCGCGAGAUUGAGUAUUUCAGGCCGCUGAGAGAGGACCCGAUUCGGGUUCCCUUGACUGUACUUUGGGGAGAAGCCAGUAUGGUAUCUGAGGAAUUCAGCCAGAGCUUAUGGGGACCUACGGCAACUUCGGUUAAGACAGUAUUUGUACCAAAGGCUGGACAUUGGCUAGCGGACGAAAACCCAAGGUGGUUGGCAAAAUUUAUCGACCAAAAUGUUGCCAGCGCUGCUGUUGAGCCUUCUGUUGUCGAUCUAAGUUAUUUAGAGGAUCAAAUCACCAUGAUGUAG